AUGCAGGCAAAUAAGAGGACAAAAGCAUGGAUACUCGCACUUUGUCUCAUUUCAUGCGGGAGUAUUCUCUCCAACAAUGGCCCCAGGAGAGAUGCAGUAGACCUGAACGAGUUGAAGAGUCUGCUUAUCCACAGUAAAACACGCGCAGAUGACCCAGAACUUUCAUUGAUGCUGAACCCCCACAAUAACUGCGUGAUAUUUGGGAGUCCAACUACCCCCCUGACGAUAGAUCCGUCUCAUCCCAUGGGAAUAACCCUCCAAAAUACGCUGAAAAAGUACCCUAUUGGAAACAGUACAGUCCGUAUUCGGCCCAAGUACCCCUCCAAAGUACGCCUGGAGAAGCUCAUUUUCCUUCUCUCCCAAAUACGGGCGGAGAGUGUCUCUUUAGAGAAUAUAUCCCUGCACCCAGACCCACAGGAAGCUUCUAUCCCCAGGAAGAUCGACACUUAUACGAAGUCUCUCGACGUAUUUGAGAUGUCACAGUCUGACGUGGAGAGAGUCCUCUCAAAGUGGGCUCCUGUGAGUGCAGAGAAUCUCUUCCUCAGGAGCACAGAUACGAAGAGUAUGCACUUCCUGGAUAAGCUCCUUCCAGAGGCUAAGAUUCACUCUAUAACCCUCCAGAAUCUGACUCAGCUCCAAACACUGCACUCUCGAGCACUUGCAGAUCCCUCUCUAGCAAAACUCCACGUGGAAGAAGUCCCGUACAUCUCCAGUGAGGAGUACGGAUUCCUGCGGAAGAUCUCCAAGCAGGCGAGAGAUGCGCUUACCCUGGACUCGUGGCUCUUUGAGAAGGUUGCACUGCAGAAAUACGAGGGAUACUGCGUGGAUACAGGGACUCUUCGAGUGAAUCUUCCCUCUCUCUCGAGGAUAGUCAAUCAGCAAAGUCACUGGAGAAGGUGGAGAAGUAGUUUGGAGGAAAGAGCAAAAGUUCGUGCUGAUUUAGUGGAAGUAUUCGGGGAAGUAGAUCAUCACACUCUGGAGAGUUCGCUCUCUUCUUUGGUGGAGUGGCUGGAACUGUUCUCCUUCGAGGCUGGGAGUGUCGCAGUGAAGGUAACGUGCGGGGAUUCGAAGUGUCAGAAGGAGCACGAGAAGAGGAGAGUAUCUCAGCGGGAGUUUAUUGGGGAUCUGGAGGUUCCUGUGACUUUGCAGGGGAGAGUGAGCGUAGAGUGGAGCAUCUGCAGCUGCAUCAGUCGAGACUCUUCAGCGAUCACUGACGAUGGGGGAAGAGAAGGAGAAAAUAUCCCGAGGAGAGAAGACGAGUUCGGGACGCAAUUUCUUGCGAGUUUAGAGCAAGAGAGAAGGGCACGACAGCAGGCAGCAGCAAACAGCUCCAGGACGGACGAGGAAAGGCCGGAGAUAGUUCAGGCUGAGCAGGAGAGACUGGGAAGACUCGAAAAAGAAAGACAGGCGAGACUUCAAAGACUUGAACAGGAGAGCGCUGUGACUCUGGAAGUGGAGAGAGCUGAAAUAGAAAGACUUCUAGAGAGCGAAAGAGCUGAAAGAGAAAGUCUAGAAAGAGAAAUAACUGAAAUAGGAAGAAUUCUAGAGAGGGGAGGACCUGUGAGUCUGGAAACAGAAAGAAUUCAAAGGGAAAGAGCUGAACAAGAGAGAACUGAAAGAGAAAGAGCUGAAACAGAGAGACUUCAAAGACUUGAAAGGGAGAGAGCUGAAAGAGAGAGGAAAAGACUUCAAAGACUUGAACAGGAGAGAAUUCAAAGAGAAAGAGCUGAAAGACUUGAAAGAGCUGAAAGACUUGAAAGAGAGAGACUUGAAAGAGAAAGAGCUGAAAGGGAGCGAGUUCGACACCAGAGAGAGCAGGCAAUUCUCCUGGAGAGAAGAAACAGCACCGAAAGAGAAGCCGAGAGAGCGGAGAGAGAGCGAAGGGAGAGGGAAGCCCGGGAGGAGAGAAGGAGGCUCCAGGAAGAAGAAAUAGCGUUUGAGCGAAGGAAUAGUGUGAGAAGGGCUCAGAAUCGGAAUUUCAGCCGAUUUACUUCCCCGAGAAGUGUUCCCGAGAGCUCUCCUGCUACGAGUCUUCUCUCUGCAGAAAGUUAUCCCCUUCCAACUUACUCCUUCCUUCCAUCUGACAUCCGGCAGAGGAUAGAGCAAAGAAGAGAAGAACUUGAAGUGGAACUCGCAAUUUCUUCAGUGCAAAGAUUUAUCGAGGAGGAGGAAAGGAGGAGAACUUCUUCCAGGCUGGGGGAACUAUCAGGUGAGCUCACAAGCAGGCAAAUAGCAAACGACCUCCAAAGCAGAGUCCAGAGAAACCUGGAAGACCUAUCGAGUGUAGAGGCUUCUCUGGAUAUGCCCUCGAGCGGAAGUAGAAGUACCGACAAAAGGACAGGGAAAUAA